AUGGCUUCUGCAGACUUCAAGAAGGACGGCUCCGACCAUGUCGAGAACGUCGACAUUGAGAUCCUCAAGGAAGAUGGUAUCAAGAACGAGGCCGUCGGCGUCAUGGGCACGGUGAAGCUUACCGAGGGGGCUAUUGUCUACAUCCCAACACCAACGGCGGAUCCCAGAGACCCGUUGAACAUGAAGAUGUGGCAGAAAAUGACCGUUCUCGUCGUCAUUUCCAUCUUCUCGACCCUGGGACUCGCUCUUGUUUCUGGCUUCGGCGGUCUUUUGGGCUUCUACAUUCCCAAAUACGUAGCGGCCGGCAAGGGAUACGCCGACAUCACUCAUCUCAUGACCUAUCCCUCACUCACUAUGGGCAUUGGAAACAUUAUUGGCAUGCCCAUUGCCAUUGGUGUUGGUCGUCGAGUCGUUCUUCUCGUCUCCACCGUCGUCAUGAUCAUGGGCGCUGUUCUCUGUGCCUAUUCGAAGAGCUACGAAUGGCAACUCGCGUGCCGGAUGGUCAUCGGUCUUGCAGCUGGCCAGAGCGAGGCCUUGGUGCCAAUGAUCACACAGGAAAUCUUCUUCUUGCACGAGCGCGGCCGAAGUCUCAUGAUCCAACAAACCAUCCAAGUCGUCCUCACGUCCGUAUGGGUUCUUUUCGCCAGCCCCAUUGCCGGCGCCAUCACCCCUGAAUGGUGGUACGGCCUCGGUGCCAUCCUCUCCGGCGUCCAGCUCGUCCUUGCCUUCUUCCUCGUGCCCGAGACCAAGUAUGACCGAACCCUCAGCUCGUUCCAAGAAGACGGGCAGUCCGAAGGUGGCUCAGACUCGCCCGCUGAGCUUUGCACCGUACGACCGGAGCUGGACUUUGUCAACUACGCCCCCCGUACUUGGCGCUCGGAUAUGCAGCUCUGGGUUGGAACUCCGUCCUGGAAGACUUGCUGGUCUGUUUUAGUGCAGACCUUUGAGCUUCUCCUGUUCCCCAACGUCUUCUGGGCGCUGUGCCUGAACGGUCUCACACUCGGAGUCAACAUUGCCAUCGGAACCACUUACGGCUCCAUUGUCACUGGUCCUCCGUACAACUGGCCCGAUACCUCGGCAAGCUACGUGACCUGCGGCCAGAUUGUCACAGCUCUUGUGGCCCUCCCUAUUUUUGGACACGGAUCGGACUGGAUGAUCAAGAAGUUCGCCAACCGACGAGGUGGGCUUCACGAGCCUGAGAUCAGAAUCAUUCCACUCAUCAUCCCCACCAUUGUCGGCACGUUCACCGCUGUUCUCUAUGGCUUGGCCGCUUCCAACCCUGACAAAUACCACUGGUUUGUAUACGUUUGGGUUAUUGCGGCUUACUACUUCUGCUUUGUUGGCGCAAACAUUGUCGCAAUCACAUAUCUGCUGGACAGCUAUCCUGCCAGAGCUGGGCCACUGCUGGUCAUCAUCUGCGCCUUCCGAGGUAUUAUUUCGUUUGGCGUUAGCUAUGGUAUCUCUCCUUUCAUCACCAAAAACGGCUAUGACGGAGCAUUUGGUGUCUUUGGCGGUCUCACGGCGGCAAUGGGGCUUCUCGGUAUCCCAAUCUACUUCUGGGGGAAGAAGAUCAGAAUUUUUACUGGCAAAUACUCCAAGUCAAAGAGCGACUAA